AUGCCUGACACAAUACCUCCAGCUCCAAUUCCUCCAGGUCCGAUUGUCCCUGAACCCACAUCAGGGUUAGUAAACGCGAUUUCAAUCAAAUUGCCCGAAUUUUGGACAAAAAUGCCUGCAAUAUGGUUUAUUCAGAUCGAGUCUCAAUUUUCAACUCGAAAUAUAACCUCAGAGCAAACAAAAUUUCAUUACGUUGUUCAAGCCCUUCCUCAAGACGUGGCCGCAAGUGUUUAUGACAUACUUAUCAAAGAAUCAAACACGCCUUAUGCCAAUUUAAAAAAAACAUUAAUCGAUAGACAUUCCAUGAGCGAAAGCAAUCGCAUAGAAGCAUUAUUAUCAGGCGAGGAGAUGGGGGACAGAAAGCCAUCCGAAUUUUACAGAAGACUCCAAACUUUGGCUGGACAAUCUGUGAUUGUUACAGAAAGUCUUAUACUCGAACUUUGGCGCCGAUGUCUGCCCGCCCUCGUCCAAGCCUCAAUCAAAUCAUCCUCAGAAACAAAAAUAGAAGGUUUACUCAAAAUGGCCGACGAAAUCUACGAGGUCUAUCAGCAACAAAACUCUUCUUUAAAUAUUUCUCUGCAAUCUGAAAGAACAAUAAAUGAACUCACUAGUGCAAAUAAUAAUUUACAAAAUCCAGGUCAAACUCCAGAAAACCUCAAGCAACCAUGUGCUGGUUCCAUAAGAGAUUCUACUGUCAUUAAUGCGGCUAAUGACAGUAACAGUCAAGGUGUUCAAAGCCGCAUCUUCAUAAAAGAUCCAAUUUCAAACUUAACCUUCUUAAUCGAUUCUGGUUCAGAUGUCUCUGCAAUACCACCAAGUAAAGUUACAAAAACCAGUCAGAAAAAACCUGAUCAAAUAAUUUCUGCAGCCAAUGGCUCAAAAAUAGAAGUUUUCGGUACAAAAUACCUCAAAACAACACUCGGUUUCCGAAAAGUAUUCAACCACACGUUUAUCAUCGCAUCUGUCACUAAACCUAUCAUAGGUGCAGAUUUUUUAAAACAAACAGGUUUAAUUGUAGACAUCAAAAACUCCAGACUCAUCGAUCCACUCACGAAAUCAAGCGUGACAGGCACACCCUGCCGACAAAACGUUGCCAGUACUAGGUUUUUCGCCAUUGAAGCACAAUACAAUUCUAUAUUAAAAGAAUUCGCUUCACUAAUGCAACCACCCGAUUUUACCCUCCCUGUAAAACACUCAGUGGUACAUCACAUACUCACUAAAGGCCCAUUACCUAAUUCGCAACCCAGACGUUUAAACAACGUUAAGUUUAAAAUAGCCAAAGAGGAAUUCGAAUACAUGGUGCAAAUCGGCAUUUGUCGACCAUCCUCAUCUCCAUGCGCAUCACCUCUACACAUGGCAGCCAAACACGAAGCAAACGAUUGGAGGCCUUGUGGUGAUUAUCGACGGCUGAACGCCGCCACCAUUCCCGAUCGAAAUCCACUGCCUCACAUUCAUGACUGCAACGCAAACUUACACCAAAGAUCAUAUAACUAG